AAAAGUGUUAAACAUUUUACCCUUUCUGUUCGCGCAACUCUCCCUCUCUCUCACGACUACAACAGCCCCAUUCCCUCUCACUCUCAGGUUCGUCGGCGUCACUCACCUCCAGCACCACCGCCACUCCUCGCCGACUCGAUCUCCACCAUCGUCGAAUCCAACCAUCGAAUAUCGAUUCCACUGUUUUUUUCUUUUUUCGGUCCAAUCAUUCAGUUCAUUAUCCUCCAUCACCGGCUCCACCUCCACUGUCGUCGACUCACCCACCGAUUCUCAUAUCUGGAUUUUUUUACCGCUGCGUUGGUUUAUCGAUUUGGGUUUUUUGGCUGGUUUGUGGGUUGAAGGUAUCUUUGAAACAUACUGUGGCUACUGAAAUUGUUUUUCAUUAGGCAUGGCAUGAAAUUAUGAGUGUUUAUCUUUUUAGUUUUGUGAUCCAAGGAUGAUGUAGGACUGUUCCUGUUUCCAUUCGAGUAGAGUACGUGAUGGGUGCAGUUUUUCUGGGCAUGCCAGGACCAUGGGCCACUGAUCAUUGUGAACUAUCUGAUCAUUAUACAACCAAAAUUGGUGGAUUGCCUGAUUGGCCUCUUCCUAAAGAGGCUGCGAGACCCAAUCUGCUUGAGUGUAGUGCAUGUGGAAGCAAACUCUGUCUUAUUGCACAGGUUUAUGCUCCAAUUUCAAGUAAAAGUUUAGAGAUUGAAGAGCGUGUUCUUUUUAUUUUUGGUUGUGUGAUGCCAAAAUGUGGGACCACUUCCCUUAGCUGGCGAGCUCUUCGUGUUCAGAAGUCACCCAAUACAGAUGAAUCACCUACCACCUCUCAGGAAGUGGUGUCUUCACCUGCACCCUCUGUUUCAGUUUCAAAUACCAGCUGGUUGGAGGGUUUUGAUGACGAAAAUGGUGAAGAAAUGGAUCUGGAGGAAUUGAGUAAAGCACUCUCCGAAGCUGCAACCUCUGCUUCUCAGUCCAAGAAACCACAGAGUAAACACCAUUCUAUGUCUAAGGCAAAGCCCACACCUGUAAGCCCAAGAACAAGUAUGAUGGACUCCAGCACACCAGUGGUGCCUUGCUUUUAUAUUUAUACUCAGGAAGAGCCAUCCUUGAGGGAUUUUACUUCAAUGUGUUCAACUUACUCAUCACUUUCCAUCAAGGAGAAUGGUAGUGAUGCUGAGGAUCAUGGAAAAGAAGAAGCUUGGGCAGAGGAACAAUAUGAAUAUGAUAAAGCUUUGACUGCUGAUAGGACUUAUCUUAAAUUUAAGAAACGAUUGGAUGCAUUCCCAGAACAAUGUUUCAGAUACUCAUAUGGUGGGAAGCCACUUCUAGCUGCUGCAGAUGAAGGAAACCUUGGGAAGUGCAGGCUUUGUGGUGGAUCAAGGCACUUUGAAAUGCAGCUAAUGUCGCCAUUAUUAUAUUUUCUACAUGAAGCAGUUGAUGAUUGUCAAAGACAGUUGCUGGAGAAUUGGGACUGGAUGACACUUAUUGUAUAUACUUGCUCCAAGAACUGUUCUCAAUUGUUUGAUCAAGAUUCUUACACCGGGGGCUGGAUUGUGGCAGAGGAGGCUGUCGUGGUACAAUGUGAUAAAUCCUUGGAUGAGUCAGCUCAACUCAGAUAUUUCUCAUGAUCUGUAUUAUUAAUUCAAAGAAAAAAAAUGAACACCAAAUUUUGUCCCACUUGCAAGUAAAUUGCCUGUUUGUGAACUGCUCAUAUAUAUUAGGAAUCACCAAGGAAAAUUUGUAACAUGGCUAUGGAUGGGGUGUGUAGUUUUAUUACAGAAACGAGUGAAGAUAUAUUCAUUGAUUUAGGAAAGAGUCACAAGGGGUUUUUCUCGUUACGACCUGAAUUUCAAACGAAGGGUUACAUUAA